ACAGUGAAAACUAAUUAGAACAACACAUAAACUAUGACACUCAACUACCUAUGAUUUGCUAAAAUCUAAAGUCUGUAAUUACUAUUUAAAAAAAAAAAAAUCAAGCCGGGUGUGGCGGCGCACGCCUUUAAUCCCAGCACUCGGGAGGCAGAGGCAGGCAGAUUUCUGAGUUCGAGGCCAGCCUGGUCUACAAAGUUGCUUCCAGGACAGCCACAGCUAUACAGUGAAACCCUGUGUGUGUGUGUGUGUGUGUGUGUGGGGGGGGGGGGGAAUCACUUACUUAAGGACCAGUGAAGGUUAACUAUUCUUUUUUCUAUUUAGUAUUGGUAUAUCACCGAUUGCAAAGAUUUUAAUGCCUCAAAUUAUAAGCAAUCUUAAGUUCAUUCCUUACUACUACACUAGGGGGGAAAAAACCCUUUAAGUUCAGCCUUUCUCUUCAGACUCUGGCAAGUUUAGUAAGAAUAUUAGAUAGUUCACCAGGAUAAAGUAGUAGUAAUUUCUAAGAGAGUUGUUUAAAAAAAAAAAAAAAGCACAACACAGAACACGGUUCCUGCAAGGGAAUGCUUUCAAGAACAAAUUCAACCACAGCAAACCACGUGCUUACUCGUAUUAAAGUUAACCACGAUAAAGGCAGCUAAAAGUAUCGCUUAAUAACGUUCAGUUUGCAUUCCGUUACGUUUUACUGGGGGAGCAGCUGUCACCUGCAGAUUCUGGGCAUCCAAGAACCAGACCAGGGAAGGGAAGCAACGCAAAAGCCACCUAGAUUCUAUGAGCAUCUUCUCAAGGGCCAAUGGAACCGGUGAAAGCUACUCUUUUCUGGCUAUGUCAGAGGUGCUCCAACCGGCUUGGAACCCAACAAAGGAGCAGAGGGGAGUGGCGGAGAAGUCUAUCUGGAGCUCCUCUACUAGGUAUUGGGGCACGGACGCCCACACCCAUCUUGAACGCCUCCCCCAACCGUGUGCAUUCUCGAACAUUCUUCCCUUACACGGUAGGGCGCAAUGGCGCCGAGCCGGCCGCUAGUGAGGGCGGAUCCGGGAUGGCUGGGCUUCUCCUGAAGGAACUUCACUGGGCCCGGCGGACAGCCCCGGCCUACGGACUGCGGCUGGGCUUCGGCCUGCGCCGCCGCGAGCUGGACCCUUACCAUUCUCUCGCCCUUACCAUUCUGGGAGCGGACCGCCUCCCCAGUGCUGCGGUCCCCGAACACGGACAAAGGACCCUCCAUCUUCAGGAAACGAAGCAAAGCUCACUACGGCCGCAGACAACCGAUAGCUCCGCUCUGAGACCGUUUAACGGCCACCACGGCGGGGACCACGGCGUGGAAAGGCCCGAGCGAUGCCGCGGGGCCUGCUGGGUAACACGCCCUGCGCGCUCUCCACGCUCCACCAACCGCAAGAGUGUGGGUUCGCAGCCCUCUCAACCAGUUCCGUGCCGGCCGUGCAGCCCGACGUGGAGAGUAAGGAAAACGAAGCGGUGGCCCCGGAGUUCACCAACCGGAACCCUCGGAAUCUGGAGCUCUUAGGGGUAGCUCGGAAAGAACGGGGCUGGGCUACCGUGUGGCCUAACCGUGAGUUCUGGCACAGGUUGCGAGUUGUAAAGACUCAGCAUCACGUAGAAGCAUUUGUUGAGCAUCUUAACGGCCAGGUUGUUGUUUCAGCAUCCACUCGAGAAUGGGCUAUUAAAAAACACCUUUAUAGUACCAGAAACGUGGUGGCUUGUGAGAGCAUUGGGCGAGUGCUGGCACAGCGGUGCUUAGAAGCAGGAAUCAACUUCAUGGUCUACCAGCCCACCCCGUGGGAGGCGUCCUCAGACUCGAUAAAACGUUUACAAAAUGCCAUGACAGAAAGUGGCGUGAUGCUUCGGGAGCCUCGAAGAAUCUAUGAAUGAAAUAGAAGUGUUAACUGUUGUUGGCAGUGUAAUAUAAAACUACCAUCUACAGCCACCAAAGGAAAGCAUCUGCAUUAAAAGGAAGAAAGGAAGGAAGGAAGAAAAGAAGGAAGGAAGAAGCAUUUGGAAGGAGAACCAGACUGAAAGCUUCAGAGCAAUAAUGUGACUGAAAACUUAUUUAAAGUUAGCUUCUUUCCACUUCUGUGUGUGCUUGUGUGAUUUCAUUGUUUUAAUCAAGGGCUUAAGGUGUCCUCAUUCUUGGACAUGAGAUGUAUUUAAGGAAAGUAGUCACUAUUCAAAGAACAAAUUAAAGUGUUUAUAACAAACUGUGAA